GGGAAUUCGUCAGCGUUGGCACCACGUUGGAAGAAAUGGCUUCAAUCGUUUCAAUACUUUCUCAUAGCCAAAGGAGUGGUGAAUGACGCGCAAAAGAAAGCUUUGCUACUGCACACGGCGGGAAUAGAGGUUCAAGAGUUGUACGAAACGCUAAAGGACCCAAGCACAGAUACGUUUGAGGAAGAUACCGCAACGGACACUUAUGUCCAGGAUCGAUCAUACACAUAUAACAUUCAUUGGGAUGGUUGUUGUUUAAACUUUAAGCCUUGAUUCAAAAGGGAAGGAUUACCAAGUCACUGGUAAUCCCUGUUUAAAAAACUUUGGGUAUUGCACAGCAACAUUCAUGUAUAAUGCCUUUUUUCUUUCCCCCAAUGUGCUAUUCUUGAAUUUUGGAACGAUGGUUACAGUGGGUUCUUGGGCAUGAAAGUUCUGCUACCACCCCCUUUCAUUGCUUAAAAUUUGCCCCCUUCUGUGGGCGGCACUCCUUUUUAUGCAUUGUUGCUGUAUGUUGAUGGAAGAACGAAGCAUACACAGAUUGAUAUUACAGUAUUUUGGUACUGUUAGUAAUUAUAUAAAUAGUGUCACGUCUGUAACUGAUGAUUUCAUUUUCGCGAAAAUGAAACGCAUUACAAAAUUACUGGACGAGAACCUAUUCCAGUUAAGAUAACCAUUACUAUUAGGGAAAAACAGUGAUGCGCGGGUGUACUUGGCCCCUUUCUUGCCCUUCAACAAUUCUUGCCUAUUCUUGUUACUCUAGCGCAAUUUGUGGCAUUUUGCCAUAUUUGGUACUAAUGGUCGCAAUUGUCGCAAAAGAAAUAAUUAAGAAAAAAUUAUGUAAGAAAAUUACUUACAAAUAUCGCAAAAAUAACAAAUCUAACAAGAAUCAAGGCUUAGAAAAAAAAGAAACCAAGAAGUAGCGUGCAAAGAAAGUAGCGUCCGAUAGCCCGGGGCUAGUUGAUUUUGCUAUCGGGCUAGUGAAUUCUGUUUUUAACUUGCCCGACAGGCAAGUAAUGUUUUUUGAGGAAUUCGAAUAACAGAGGAAUGGUGACAUCAAUUCUGCUAGUCAAAAAGUUUUUGGGGCUAGUUGAAAUGACGUCUGGGCUAGUAAAUGGUAGCUUCAGCUUGCCCGAAUGGCAAGCUGUAAAAAUGAUUUUCUUUGCACCCUGAAGAAGGACCCGAAAUGUCCGCAAAUGUCGCAAAAAUCGCAAAAGUAACAAAGAUUUUUCUUGCUACAUAAAAACAUCCGUGACAAAUAUCGCAAAAAUAAAUAAAUCUACCAAGAAUCAAGACUUGGAAACAGUAGAAGCCAAGAAGGGGCCCCGAAAUAUCCGCAAAUAUCGCAAAAGUAACAAGGAUUUCUCGUGCUAGCUGAAAACACCCAUGACAAACAUUGCAAAUAUCGCAAAAAUAACAAAUGUAACAAAAUUCCAGACUUGCAAAGAAAAGAAGCCAAGAAGGGCCCCGAAAUGUCCGCAAAAAUCGCAAAAGUAACAAAGAUUUUUCAUGCUAGCUGAAAACACCCAUGACAAAUAUCGCAAAAAUAACAAAUGUCACAAAAUUCCAGACUUACAAAGAAAAGAAGCCAAGAAGGGCCCCGAAAUGUCCCCAAAUAUCGCAAAAAUCGCAAAAGUGACAAGGGUUUUUCAUGCUAGUAGAAAACACCCAUGACAAAUAUCGCAAAAAUAACAAAUGUAACAAGAAUCAAGACUUAGAAAGCAAAGAAGCCAAGAAGGGCCCCGAAAUGUCCGCAGAUAUCGCAAAAAUGGCAAAAGUAAGAUUUUAAGCAAUAAAAAGGUGUGGCAGCAGAACUUUUCAUGGCCAAGAACCCACCAUAACAAUCGUUCCAAAAUAUCAAGAAUAGCACAUUGGGGGAAAGAAAACGGGCAUUUUACAUGAAUGUUGCUGUUCAAUACCCAAAGUUUUUUAAACAGGGAUUGCCAGUGAUUUGGUAAUCCUUCCUUUUCAAAUCAGGACAUUUCGGGGCCCUUCUUGCCUUCUUCUCUAUCUAAGUCUUAAUUCUUGUUAGAUUUGUUCUUUUUGCGAUAUUUGUCAUAUGUGAUUUUAGCUAGCAAGAAAAAUCCUUGUUGCUUUUUCGAUUUUUGCGGACAUUUCGGCGCCCUUCUUGGCUUCUUCUCUUUCGAAGUCUUGAUUCUUGUUAGAUUUGUUAUUUUUGCGAUUUUUUCCAUAUUUGCGGACAUUUCGGGGCCCUUCUUCGCUUCUUUUCUGUCUAAGUUUUUUUUUUUUUUUUUGCGAUUUUUGCCAUAUUUGUCACGGGUGUUUUUAGCUAGCAAGAAAAAUCCUUGUUACUUUUGCGAUUUUUGCGGACAUUUCGUGGCCCUUCUUGGCUUCUUCUUUUUCUAAGUGUAGAAUUUUGUUAAAUUUGUUAUUUUUGCGAUAUUUGUCACGGGUGUUUUUAGCUAGCAAGAAAAAUCCUCGUUACUUUUGCGAUUUUUGCGAUAUAUUUGCGGACAUUUCGGGGCCCUUCUUGGCUUCUUUGCUUUCUAAGUCUUGAAUGCGGUUACAUUUAUUAUUUUUGCUAUUUUUCGAUAUUUGUCAUCGGUGUUUUUAGCUAGCAAGAAAAAUCCCUGAUACUUUUGCCAUCUUUGCGAUAUUUGCGGACAUUUCGGGGCCCUUCUUGGCUUCUUUGCUUUCUAAGUCGUGAUUCUUGUUAGAUUUGUUAUUUUUGCGAGAUUUGUCAUGGGUGUGUUCAGCUUGCAACAAAAAUCCUUGUUACUUUUGCGAUUUUUGCGAUAAUUGCGGACAUUUCGGGGCCCUUCUUGGUUUCUUCUUUUUCUAAGUCUAGAAUUUUCUUAAAUUUGUUACUUUUGCGAUAUUUCUCACGGGUGUUUUUCGCUAGCAAGAAAAAUCCUCGUUACUUUUGCGAUUUUUGCGAUAUUUGCGGACAUUUCGGGGCCCUUCUUGGCUUCUUUUUUUUCUAAGUCUUGAUUCUUAUUAGCUUUGUUAUUUUUGCGAUUUUUGCGAUAUUUGUAAGUGAUUUUCUGACAUAAUUUUUUCUCAAUUAUUUCUUUUGCGACCAUUGCGAAAAAAAUUUUGUUAAAUUUUUUUGCUAACAAGAUCGAUCCUGGACAUACCUCGCAACGGAAUACGAGAAAACUGUUCGCACUCUGAACGUGUAUUUUGUAACCAAACUGAACGAACCGUAUGACAGACAUGUAUGUAGGAGCAUGACUCAACAGGAUGGAGAGACAGUUGAUCAGUUCAUCGCUAGACUCAGGGAACAAGCACAGAAUUGUAAUUUCAAUAACACCGAUGUUGACAUCAGAGACCAAGUCAUCGAUAAAUGUCGAUCUUCGGCUUUAAGACGAAAAUUACUGGGAAAAGAAAACCUGACUCUGACAAAAGUGCAAGAGGUUGCUCGAGCUAUGGAAGCUGUAGACCUGAAGGCUAAACGAAUGGGGGAGCAG